CAGCAUUUUAGUGCGACCCGUUUCAGAGAUUCAACUUCCGGUUUGAUCUGCAACAUUUAAUUUUUAUCAAACUUAUUACGCAGAAGGAAAAUUAGCAACUGACUAUGAGUUCUUAUCAAUUAUACCGAAAUACAACGUUGGGACAUACCUUGCAGGAAAGUCUCGAUGAACUUAUUCAGAUGGGACAGAUUUCUCCUCAGCUGGCACUGAAGGUUCUUCUACAAUUUGAUAAGGCUAUAAAUGUGGCAUUAGCUAAUAGAGUGAAAAACAGAGUAACAUUCAAGGGCAAGUUGAAUACCUACAGAUUUUGUGAUAAUGUAUGGACAUUUGUGUUAAAUAAUGCUGAAUUUAAAGACAUGCAAGAACUAGCCAAAGUUGAUAAGGUGAAGAUUGUAGCCUGUGACGGAAAAGGGGCAGAAAAAUGAGGAUAUUGGAUAUUGGUAGUUAGAAAAGAAAUGGGCUAAAUAUAUUUGUAUGGUAUCACAUACCAAAGUACACAAACAUCUAUGGGAAGACAGAUGUACUUAAUUCCGUCUUUCCGACAUUGGGGUUUUUGUUUUCCUGUCAAAUAUUUUGUGUAAAUCAUGUUUUAAGAACUAGACAGUUAAUACUACACAUUUUUACUUCUGACUAUGAAUGGAAUCUCAAAAUGGUUUGAAGUUUACCAUUCUUUUUGAUUUUGAUGGAAUUUUUACCCAAAAUAACAAUGUUUUUUUAUUAUUUUCAUUAUCAUUGUAAUAAGAAGUAUCUUUUGUGUUUAUUACUGAGUGAACAAAAGUUUUAAGAAAAGUAAACAAGUUUAGCUAAAAUUCAGGCAACUUUACUGUUUAAUUUAAGAGAAUUGUGUACAUGGAAAACGUUUUUGUACUGACUCAAAGAAUUUAUAAAGUUUUGAUUCAUUUCCAACUUACAUCAUGCAAUUAUUUAUCUCAUUUUAUAUCAUGUUGGUGAGUCAUUGAAUUUGCUAUUUUUAGAAGAACUUUUCUUUAAUGAUAUGAGAUUUUGGGAAGCCUCUGUUACAAUAUUUUAAUUUGUUCAGCACUUAUAGAAACAUGACCCAUAUCCUUGAAAUUAGGAAAUUUACAAUGUGUUUUGCUCAAAAUGAGAGGUAAGACAAAAAGAGUUAAAAUUACAGUUUUGCCUCUUAAUCUAAUCAACAUAAACUGAUGCAGGUUGAAGGACUUCUCUUCCUAUACAUUGAGGGUUAUUUUAGGGUGGCUUCCCCCAGGAAAAUUCUUUAAAAUCAUGCUAUUUUCCCUAAAGUUCAAUUUACAUUAAAAAAAUUAUCCCCCUUUUGUGAAAAUUUUGUGUUAAGUAAUUCUCUGGUAGGUUUGCUUAAACUAUAUAUUGCUUUUGUACUUAAUUACUGACUGAUUUUUAGAUAAAUAUAAUUUUAAUAAUUUGGAAGUUUCAGUUUGGAACUUUCGUAUAAGAAUUGGGAAAGAAGAUGGGAAUAUAGCCAAAGAAUAGCUGUAUAGAUAGGAUUUAAAAACAACAACAAACAAUUAUGUGUAUAAAUUUUUAGCCAGUUUUGCACUGUGAUUGAACAAGAUAAAUAAUGUAUUCUCAAUGUACAAUGGUGAUUUACCAAUAUUUCACACACAAUGAAUGGUAAAAUAUGUCGUAUUGUAAUCAGAAAGUAUCAGUUAACAUAUUGUGAUUCACAAUAUUCCUCUUUAAAAAAAUUGCUUUUUCCUUAUUGUUCAUUAUUAGCUUGACUAUUCAAAGAAUGGUUGGCUAUCCUAAUAAGCCUUGGGUUGAGUAUUACUUCAGAAAUAAUAUAUCAACAACAGUGAUUUUAUUGUGAUUCUAUUGCAAAAUAAAAUCAAUGUUUGGAGUUCAGAUGUGAGGAAUUAUAUAUAGAUCAGAACAGUGAUUUUAUUGCAUAUUUACACACAAUUUCGGUUUUCUAUGUUCAAUAGGGAAAAAUGUGAGCCCUGUUAGAAAUAUGGAUGUUACAAGCAAUCUCAUAUUAUUAAAGUAACCAUUGAAUGUUAUUCAUUUAAAGCUUGACACAUGUAUGCUGAGAACCUGGCUAUAGUUCACUAUCCAGGUUCCACAACUCUAGCUUGGAUUUUGACUGAACAACCAUUUAUACCCCUUUGUGAAUGUUAACGUUAUUUUCAAAGCCACUGAACGAAGGUAUUUACUAAAUACAUCACACAGAGUUAUAAUUUUAGGUCACUGAUCAUUGAUCAAUAUGCAUUACUCAAACAUGCAUUGCUCUUCUGUGGAUUUAGAAAAAAGCUGUAAUUUGAGUGUAAAUUAUUGAGCCAUGUGUAUGCCUAGUUUGCUGUAUAAGUAAGACAGCUCCUAUCAUGGUAACAAGGUAACUGUCAUACAAACAAGGUAACUGUUAUACAAUUGUACUGGACAAUAUGGAAAACUAUUGCAUGUUCUUAUGUUGUUGAAAUGCAAUAACACUAUAUUUAAGUUAUGAAAUGAUGUUUUGUAAUUAUUAUAUAAAAUUAUUGUUAUAUGGAAUUUCAUGUGUUUUCUUUGUAAUAAAUAUUUUUUAUUGUAGAAUAAUUUCUGAAAGAUUUAGUACUGAUAAAAAGUGGUCAUGUAAUAAAACUUUUAAAGAAUUUUAAAAUUUAUAAUUUCUGUAUUAAUUGAUGUAAGUUAGAAUAUAGAUUCAACUCCAGUUUCAAUUUAAAAAUGUAAUUAUUUUAUUUGAAAAAUAUACAACGUUUCGACUCAGAGUCUUCAUCAGGUAUACAGUUUCAAUUUAAAAAUGUAAUUAUUUUAUUUGAAAAAUAUAUUACGUUUCAACUCAAAACUCUUCAUCAGGUAUUAAUUGAUAAAAUCUACACAGAGCCAGGUCACACUGCAGGGAUGCUAGGGCCGGCCUAUAUUUAUACUGUAAGCCUAGAAUGGCAAUUCAUUAAGAUUUUGAGCGUUAUUUUUGUCUCAUUUGUAGCAUUAUAAUGUAUGAUAUUGUCAAAUGUUUUGAUACAAAGUAUCUUCUAAUUUGUAAAAUAGUGCUUCUAUUAUAAAUAAAAGGUCUCAAGUACCA